AUCUUGCCGACAUCAGCAUUUUAAUUGCAGCAAGACAACAAAGAAUAUUGGUGUCUGGGAUGUCUGAAUGACUGGCUCCUCCUGCAGCCCUUGGCCUCGUUUUACAUUGAGAGUUUGUUCAGCCGACUGCUUCAGGAGGUGACGUUCAGCUCCGCUCUGCCUGGCUGUAACACAGUGGAGACACAAGGACUUGCCACCUGCGUGGUCACCUGACAGGUUCAUCUGGAGAUCUACGUGUGUGGGAGACAAGAGAUGAUAUUUGAAUCUGGGCAGCAAUGAAAGGUUUAGGAGCUAAUCGAAGCCGUCACCUCUCUGACAACUGCGACCCUACAGAGCAGAUGUACCCCAGCCCAAUGCAGGAGAGGAACCCCUACCUGUUGACUCCUGUCGACCCCUAUCAGAUGGAGCAGCAUCGCUUCCCCUCCUCUAAUGCCAUGCCGGCUGACUGUCUGCUACCGCUCAAUAACCAGAUUGCCAGCAGCACCUUCCCCAGGAUCCACUACAACUCACACUUUGACCUCCCAGACGAGUGUGCUUUCACCCCCAACACAUCUGGCGGUAAAAUUAACCGGCUUCCCGCCAACCUGCUGGACCAGUUUGAGAAGCAGUUGCCGAUGCACCGGGAUGGGUUCCACACACUGCAGUUCCAGAGGAGUGAUAAACAUCGCAGCGAGAGUCCGGGCCGCAUCCGCCACCUUGUACAUUCUGUGCAGAAGCUCUUUGCCAAGUCUCAGUCCCUCGAGGGCUCGGGCAAAGGGAGUCUGAACGGCAGCAAGUUCGGCUCCGACGACUCCAAGCAGACCAAGCGGAGCAAGAGCAAGGAUCGCAAGUUGGAGUCAAAGCGAAGAACGAGGACCAACAUCUCCGGCUGGUGGAGCUCAGACGAUAACCUGGACAGCGACAACUACAACUAUCGCAAUCCCAUGAGUUUAAUGACACUGGGGAGACGGCCUGACCACGGGCCCGCUAAAUACCUGAUGAAUGCUUACAACACUAUCAGUGAACACACCCUCAAAGCUUCAAAAAGCAAUAAUGACCUGAAGUGUUCCCCGUGUGUGAAUAUCCCCAUCAACACCGACUCCAAGUACAUCAAGCGCGGCUCCUGGUCCACGCUCACCCUUAGCCAGACCCGAGAGGUUUGCCAGAACUCAGCAGCCACCAUGGACAGGGCAAUGCUAAAAUCCAGAUCCUAUCACCAUGACCUGGCAUCUCAGUAUCUGAAGGUUCCUCUUCAUGAUGAUUGGAAUAGCACCCUUUCACGAGGAAGAGUCGGGGAGAUUCCCUGUCGACGGAUGCGCAGUGGCAGUUACAUUAAGGCGAUGGGAGACGAUGACAGUGAAGACUCUGAGAUGAGCCCCAAACCAUCGCCAAAGACAGCAGCACGACGGCAGAGUUACCUGAAGGCCACGCAACAGUCCCUGAGUGAGCAGAUCAGCCAGCGCAACCAAAGCUACCUUGCAUCAGUCAGUGAGUCUAUCCACAGGAGUCUUGAUUGCCUGGAUACUGUGGAUCUGAACUCGGCAAACUUCCAUGGAUGGAAUGAAGACGACAUGGGAAGCACAGACACCCUCAAAUCCAACCUUAUUAACCAGGAGCAAGAAAUGGAUUUUAGCAAUCAGUAUGAGAACAUCUGUGAGCCGGUCUUCAACGAGGUGGAUUUGCAGGCUGUGGAUGCCCUUGAUCUGCCCAUUCCUGGCUGUUUCCGCUCAAGAAGCCACAGCUAUCUCAGAGCAAUACAGGCUGGCUGCUCUCAGGAUGAUGACAAUGUCUCUGUCCGCUCAGUGUCUCCCCCACCUAUAACAACCACAGUUAGAACCAUGCAAACCAACACCAUGUCCUCAUGCAUAACCACUUACAAGAAGACUCCUCCACCAGUUCCACCGCGAACCACAUCUAAACCAUUUAUUUCAGUUACAGUCCAGAGCAGUACAGAAUCAGCACAAGACACAUACCUUGACAAUCAGGACCAGAAGAGUGACAUCAACAGUCAAUCUGGUCUCAGCAAUUCUUCGGACAGCUUGGAUAGUGCCAGAGCUCUGAACAGUACUAAGACAGGAAGUGUCAGCAUACCACUCCGUGAACAGUCAGAGAGCCACCAUCGAAAUGCUACCGUGACAACUGACAUAGGAUCGCUCGUCAGUGAGGAUCCAAAGUUGGAAACUCUCCCAAAGAGAAAGCUCUCUUCUAUAGGAAUACAGGUUGACUGUUCCCCAAACUUAAUUAAGGAGCAGGAUUCUCAUCUGAUCAACAAAUUCCAGUCAAUUGGAAUCCAAGUGGAAGACGAGUGGCAUUUAAGUCGCUCCAGCACCAUGAUGUCAAAACAAGAAACUGACUCUGAUACACAGGAAUGUAGUAAUGCUACUGCUGGAUCCCAGGACAUAAGCAAUCAAUUUUCUGAUUCAAACCAGCAUCAUCAUAUCUCGAACAGUGAACCUUCUGUACGACAGCAUGCGAAAAGCUCGCAGAUAAAGAAUAAAGCUUUUGCUUACAGUGAUAACUUAGACCCAGCUCUAGAUCCAUCCUCUUUACCACCACCAGAACCAUGGUUAGAAUCUACUACCAAUCUUCCUGUCGAACCAGUGCAUGCUUCUUCCUGUUGUCGGGAUGGCUACUGGUUCUUGAAACUGUUACAAGCAGAAAAAGAAAGAAUGGAAGGAUGGUGUCAUCAAAUGGAGAAAGAAACCAAAGAAAAUAAUCUUUCUGAAGAAGUCCUAGGGAAAAUUCGAAGUGCAGUGGGUAGUGCACAGCUUUUGAUGUCUCAGAAAUUGCAGCAGUUCCAUGGUCUCUGUGAGCAGAAUCUGAACCAAAAUGCCAACCCACAGCCGACUGCACAAGAUUUAGCUGGUUUUUGGGAUAUGCUGCAGCUUUCCAUUGAAGAUAUUAGCUUGAAAUUUGAUGAACUUUAUCAUCUCAAGACAAAUGACUGGCAACUAGUUGAAAUGCCAGAAAAGAAGGAAGAGAAAAAGCUGCCCCCUCCAGUGCCAAAGAAACCAGCGAAGGGUAAAACUCCUUUAAAUCGUGAGAAACUGACGGAUUCAGUUGACAAGCAACGGCAGGAAGCUCGCAAGCGGUUAAUGGCAGCUAAGCGAGCUGCAUCUGUGCGGCAGAACUCUGCAACAGAGAGUGCAGAUAGUAUUGAAAUAUAUGUUCCAGAGGCACAAACCCGUCUGUGAAUUGGAGCGUACCUUUUGUAUACAUUUUGGACCAACUUAAACAUCUGUGGUCUGUGCUAUUCUACAAGCAACAAUAAGCAUCAGAUAAUAGAAUGAAGUGCUUAUUAGUACAUUUGACAUUGCUAUUCCAUGUCAAACUCCCAAAAUCCUGUAAUGUCAACUCUGAUAUCUCAUCAAUGUGUACAUGGGCUGCCAUGCUUCCCUGUCAUUUGCAUGGCUUUGUCUUAUCUGCAGCCAACUUUUCUGUAAACCAAUUAGUUUGUGUUCAUCCCUCAACAGCAAAUUGUGUUUUAUCUAGCAUACAGGAAAAGAUCUUGCUUAUUUUGAAAAAAGUACAUCAAUUCUUCUUAAACUGAUGAAAACAUUUGAAGGAAGAUGAAGUUUCUUGAAUAACUAAACCAGAGCUCAAUUCUAUUGGGUUGUUGCCACUUCUGAGAAAUGUAUUCAUGUAAUUCAUCUGCAGAAACUGUAGCUUUGCAGAUUAUGCUUCCAUUGGCUCUGUAAAUUUAGAGUGCUGCUGUAAAAUGAUGUAAAACCACUCUACCAUUCAGUAGAGCAAAGCAAUAGAGCAUUUAAAUGUUCUCACAUUUUUUCAAAUGUACAGAAGUGAUAUAAAAACUGUUCAGAAUUGUAGAAUCAUUUUAUGAAACAAGCACAUACAGGAAAAAGGUUUUAUCAAAACCAAUCUGGUAUUUGAACCUUUUGGAAUGUGUUAUUGGAUUUUGCAGCCAAACUUUUAAAGAAUUUGUCUCAUUUGUUAUGGUUACUUCCUCAAUCUAGCAGUAGAUUAAAGUGGUUGUUUAUAUGUAGAUAACUAGUUUAAGUAUACAGAUGAAGAUAAACUAUGGAGAGAACCAUUGUUUUGAUUGACUGAAGAAUCCUGUUAGGUGCAAGUGUCCUGUUCAAAACAAGUUGGCGAACUUUCAUAAAGUGAAGCACUACCUACUAGCUUUUGUCCAAAUAUACUUUCUAUAGCCUAAUAUUCUCAAUUGUUUUCAUCUUCAUGCUGCACAGUGUCAUACUUAGAAGAUUGCCAAAUGUUUACUGAUCAUAUUUUCACUUUUAAUAUCUGCUUUUAGCAGGAGAUUACAUUUUGAACAUUCAGAUAUUAUUUGCAGAUUAAAUUUGAGGAAAAGAUUUUAAUUUCAAAGA